UUGCGUCUCUUUCUGCGUCUCUUUCUCUAAAAGAGAAAGUUGCGCUACAGAGACCAGAGAGGUGAGGUUAAGGCAAAGCCAUGCUCAGAAUAUUGUCAAAGCUAAGGCUCUCUUCCUCUUGCUCUUCUGUUUCUCUUCUCAUUAAUCAAAAUCAAAAUCAAAUUAAAAAGAAAAAUGCGCUUCUUCUUUUUCUUAUGCCACAUUCAUCAUCAACAAACCCUAACGGCGGCGGCGGCCAAAGACGGUGGAUACAGACGGCGGCGGCGGCUGCGAGGGAGGCUCAUUUAGGUACAGAAGCAGUUCUGGAGUCUGUUGUUAAGAUAUUCACCGUCUCAAGUAGCCCCAACUACUUCCUUCCAUGGCAGAACAAAUCCCAGCGCGAUACCACCGGCUCUGGAUUUGUAAUCCGUGGGAAAAGGAUUGUUACAAAUGCACAUGUAGUGGCCGAUCACACAUUUGUGCUUGUAAGAAAGCACGGCUCUCCCACCAAAUACAGAGCCCAAGUCAAAGCCGUCGGCCACGAGUGCGAUUUAGCCAUUCUCACUGUUGAAAACCAGCAUUUCUGGGAGGACGAGGAUGAGGACGGCCGCAACUUUCUCGAAUUCGGAGAAAUUCCGCUCCUUCAACAAGCCGUGGCGGUCGUUGGAUAUCCCCAGGGAGGAGACAACAUAUCCGUCACGAAAGGCGUCGUUUCGAGAGUGGAGCCGACGCAGUAUGUUCACGGCGCGACACAGUUGAUGGCCAUUCAAAUCGAUGCUGCCAUUAAUCCUGGGAAUAGCGGUGGCCCCGCAAUCAUGGGAAACAAAGUUGUUGGUGUGGCUUUUCAAAACCUGUCUGGUGCUGAGAAUAUUGGUUAUAUAAUUCCUGUUCCAGUGAUUAAACAUUUUAUAGAUGGUGUGGAGGAGUGUGGAAAAUAUGUCGGGUUCUGCUCUAUGGGUUUGUCGUGUCAGCCAACUGAAAACGUUCAACUUAGAAACUACUUUCGGAUGCGUGACGACAUGGCCGGCGUGCUAGUGAGCAAAAUUAACCCUCUUUCUGAUGCAAACAAGGUUUUGAAGAAAGAUGAUAUUAUUCUUGCAUUUGAUGGAGUGCCUAUAGCAAAUGAUGGAACAGUUUGUUUCAGAAAUAGAGAGAGGAUAACAUUUGAUCAUUUGGUCUCAAUGAAGAAACCAAAGGAAACAGCUGUUGUUAGAGUUCUGAGAGAUGGUGAAGAACACGAAUUCUUUAUCACCCUUCGACCUUUGCAACCAUUAGUUCCGGCUCAUCAGUUUGAUAGGCUUCCAAGUUAUUACAUUUUUGCCGGUUUGGUAUUUGUUCCGCUCACCCAACCAUACCUUCACGAGUAUGGAGAAGACUGGUACAACACUGCACCACGUAGUUUAUGCCAAAGGGCACUUCGGGAACUCCCCAAAAAGCCUGGGGAACAGCUUGUCAUCCUUUCUCAGGUGCUAAUGGAUGAUGUCAAUGCUGGCUAUGAGCGCCUUGCAGAAUUACAGGUUAAGAAGGUGAACGGGUUAGAAAUAGAAAAUCUGAAACAUUUAUGCCAACUUGUGGAGAACAACACAGAGGAUAAUGUGCGGUUUGAUUUGGACGAUGAGAGGGUUAUUGCAUUGAACUAUAAUUCGGCUAAAAUUGCUACUUCCAAAAUUUUGAAGUGGCAUCGGAUACCUUCCGCAAUGUCUAAAGAUCUUGCCGAUGAGAAGAAUUAGAGAUCCUAAGGUUUGCUUAAGAUAUGAUGCAACCAAAUGAAAUAGAGGAAAUUGAACUUCUUUUUCUGAUGUACAUUGUUUCGGCUUAAAAGUGCUUUAAAAUUUCUGCUUUAUUAUAUUAAUUGCCUAAUGUAUUACCUGAUUAUGCAAAUGGUAGCCAAUAACGCAUAAUAAGUGGGGGUUUUUUUUUUCAACACGUUGUUCACUUUCGUACUGUUUC